AUGCAGAUCUUCGUGAAAACAUUGACAGGCAAGACCAUCACCCUCGAGGUUGAGCCCAGUGACACCAUAGAAAAUGUCAAGGCAAAGAUCCAAGACAAGGAAGGAAUUCCUCCUGAUCAGCAGCGUCUGAUCUUCGCUGGCAAACAGUUGGAAGAUGGACGCACUCUGUCUGACUACAACAUUCAGAAAGAAUCCACUCUUCAUCUGGUGCUUCGUCUGCGCGGUGGCAUCAUUGAGCCUUCCCUCAGACAGCUGGCUCAGAAGUACAACUGUGACAAGAUGAUCUGCCGCAAGUGUUAUGCCCGUCUGCACCCACGUGCUGUCAACUGCCGCAAGAAGAAGUGUGGACACACAAAUAACCUUCGCCCCAAGAAGAAGCUGAAGUAG